GAGGCACCGGCAAAGGAUGCAAGUGGGGGUUUUAAGUAUAAAUAAGUUUUAUUUAUACUUUCUUAUUUUUGGUGGUUUUCUUUCCUUCUCUCCAAAGUAGCUGCAAAUUGUUGGCCUUUUCAUACCUACGCACUUUCUUCACAAAUCUCCCUCUUCUUCCUUCCUUUCUUCCUUCCUUUCUUCCUUCCUUCCUUCCUUCCUUCCUUCCCUCCUUCACUCUUCGCCAUGAAAAUACCUCCAGAAACCGACCAUUUCCUUCUAUCUAACAACCUCAUUUCUUCUCUUCUUGACGAUAUUCCUCUCAUCACCAUUUUCAAAGGCAAGUGGUCUUCCAUCAGAGCCAAACUCUCCGAUCUUCGCACUCAACUCAUCGAUGUUUCCCACUUUCCAAACUCCUCUUCCAAUCCCCUCUCUCUCGAUUUCCUUCAUUCUGUUCUCGAAGCUCUUACUCAGGCCGCUUCUCUCUCCCACAAGUGCCGGAAUCCCGCUCUCUCCGAUGGUAAACUCAAGACCCAGAGCGAUAUUGACGCUAUUCUUGCUAAGUUUGACUCCCUUCUCAAAGACGGUGAGGUUUUGAUCAGAAGUGAGAUUCUUCACGACGGUGUUGUUUCCAGUUCUUCGUCUAGAAGAGAGGCUGUGAGAGCGGAGUCCAGGAAUUUGAUUACUAGGUUGCAGAUUGGGAGUAUUGAAUCCAGGGUUUUGGCUAUUGAUUCGUUGUUGCAGUUGCUGAAUGAGGAUGAUAAGAAUGUUACUAUCGCCGCAGCUCAAGGUGCUGUUCCUGUUCUUGUUCGGCUACUGGAUUCCAGCUCUUUGGAAUUGAAGGAAAGGGCUGUUGCUGCUAUUUCUAUUGUUUCUAUGGUGGAUGGCGUUAAGCACAUCAUGAUUGCUGAAGGUCUAGUGCUUUUAAAUCACUUGCUCAGGAUUCUUGAUUCCGGUAGCGGUUUUGCUAAGGAGAAGGCCUGUUUAGCCCUCCAACCUCUCAGUAUUUCCAAGGAAAAUGCUAGGUCUAUCGGUUCUAGAGGAGGAAUUUCAUCUCUGUUGGAGAUUUGUGAGGGCGGUACUCCUGGUUCUCAAGCUUCUGCAGCUGCGGUUUUGAGAAAUCUUGCGUCAUUUAGUGAAAUCAAAGAGAAUUUCAUAGAAGAAAAUGGGGUUAUUGUUCUUUUGGGGCUUUUGGCCUCGGGAACUCCGUUGGCCCAAGAAAACGCAAUUGGUUGUUUGUGUAAUUUAGUUCUGGACGAUGAUAAUCUGAAGCUCUUGAUUGUUAGAGAAGGCGGAAUCGAGUUCUUGAGAAAUUUCUGGGAUUCUGUUCCAUCAGUUCGUAGUCUUGAGGUUGCUGUGGAGCUUUUAAGCCUCUUGGCUUCUUAUUCCCCAAUUGCAGAAGCUCUUAUUUCAGAUGGAUUUGUCGAUAGACUUCUUCCAGUUUUGAGUUGCGGAGUACUAGGUGCUAGAACUGCAGCAGCUCGAGCGGUUUAUGAACUCGGAUUCUGCACGAAAACGAGAAAAGAAAUGGGGGAAUCUGGAUUCAUUACACCCUUAGUUAAUAUGUUGGAUGGUAAAUCUGUUGAUGAGAGAAAAGCAGCUGCUAAGGCAUUGUCUUCUCUAUUACAAUACUCUGGUAAUAGAAAAAUUUUCCAGAAAGAAGAGAGGGGAAUUGUAAGUGCAGUUCAACUCUUAGACCCUUCGAUAUCGAAUCUCGACAAGAAGUACCCUGUUUCAUUAUUAUCCUCAGUUGCGAUUUCAAGCAAGUGUAGAAAGCAAAUGGUUGCUGCUGGUGCUGGUUUGUAUCUACAAAAGCUUGUUGAAAUAAAUGUUGAGGGGUCAAAGAAGCUAUUGGAAAGCCUUGGCCGUGGUAAAAUCUGGGGUGUCUUUGCCAGAUCUUAGCCCAUCAAGGAGGCAAUUUUCCAAACUUCUGUUUAUUGUAUAGGAACAGAUGCAUGAUUCGCUGUAUGUACAAUAUAUGUUUGUAUAUUCUUAGUUUUAAUGGGUGUUGAUUUUUAGUUUACAAGUUAAUAAACUUUUUAUCUGUUCUUAUGUGGUAGAAAUGUCAAAAUGCUGCACCAUGCCAGCUGAAUUUGAGCAUCACUUUACAGACACGAUCUAGGUUUGAUGACCCAACUUGAUUUUGAUUCUGUGAUCAUUACUGGAAACUUCAUUGUCCAAUAAUCGAAUGACACACCUUCAAUUAUUUUAGGAA